AGAGACCUGGAUGAUGAGAAGGAGCUGCCCUGGAAGGCACGUGGGCUGGAUGUUCCAGGGAGAAGAACAGCCCAUGCAAAUGCCCAACAUCUAGGUGUCAACUGGAGGAGGGCAGUGUUGCUAUGGAGAAAACUAAAGCAGGGAAGGAGUGAGUGUGUGUGUCGGGGGUGAGGAGGAUGCAAUUUUAGAUAAAAAGAGCAGAGAAGGUCUCAUUGAAAAGGCAUCAAUAAGUAAAAGCCCAAAAGAGAGGAGAGAGAGAAGCAGGCAUCUGGGGGAGGAGCAUUCCAGGCAGAAGGAACAGCUAGUGCAAAGGUCCUGGGGUGAGGAAGAGCAAGGAGGCCAGUAUGGUUGGGGGAGAGUGAGAGGAGGUGAGAUUGAAGAGAUGAUGGGAAAGUUCACAUAGGGUCUUGUGGGCUGUGGUUGAGAACAUUGGCUUUUACCUGGAGUGAGGUACAGCAAGCAGCUACCUCUAAAUUGAGGACGGUCCUGACAGGAUAGGAUUACUGGGUCUCUGUGGCUGCGUAUAGGGAGCAGACUGGAGGAGGGGAGGGAGGAGCAGGGAGUAGGCUGUUGCCAUAGUCCAGGUGGGAGAAGUUGAAGGAUGGACCAGGAUGAGGGCCUGGGGUCAGGGAUGAGGGAUGAAAUUCUGGAAAUAUUUUGGAGAUGGAGCUACUGGGCCUGCGCAUUAGAAGGAUGAGGGGUGGAAGGCCGUCUCCCAGCCCUGUUUAAGCCAGGUCGAUUGUGGGCAGUUCAGGCCACAGCCAACCAGGUGUGACAACCAAGCCAGGAUGAUGGAGCCAGGAAGGCCUGGGCCAGCUCCAGGAGGCUUUUCCCGGGGAGGGAGAGGUUUCAAGAGGGUUGGAGGGGUCCAUUGGCAGAUCUAUCCCCUAGACACUGCUACAGCCGUGUAGCAUGGUGAUUAAAAGCCCGGACUCUACAGCCAGGCAGCUGAGAUUCAAGUCUUUGCCCCAUCACCUACUUGUUGUGUGCCCUCAGGCAAGUGGUUUAACUUCUCUGGGCCUGGUAAGUGCUUAUGAGAGUGUCUAGGAAAUCCUUCCUCUGAGACAUCCCUUAUAUAGGGCGAGCAUGGAGAAGGGGCCAGGUGUGAGAUCUCAGAGAGAGGAAGCACCUAUCACCACCACACCCCUGAACCCCUGCCCUCACUGCCCUGGUUUGUAGGCCUGCGGGAAGGCUCUGUCACAGGGAGAUGGACGAAAAGAACGGCGCCCGCUGUCCCAUCCCUUUUUUUUUGCCCUUGUGCCUGCUUCAUCUCUCUCCUGUCUCCACGUCUCACAUCCUUCGUGGCCAUCUCUUCUUCCUCUCCCCAUCCUCCGUGUCUAUCCCCUUCCCGUCGCUGCCUCCAGCCUUUUCAUCAAUGUGAGCAGCCUCCCAGUAUCUCCGCCCCCGCGCCUGGUUGGGGGUAACACAGCGCAUGCGCUGUCAGCGCCCCUCCCUCUCCAAUCCCAUCCCCCGUCGGCGUCUGGGCCUCGUCCCCUUCUCUCUGUCUCCCUCUCUUCUCCCGUCACUUUCCCCGACACUGACACCCAUUACUCCUGUCUCCCCAGUCUCAGCUUUGGUCUCCAGCCCCGUUGGCCCGAGGAUUUGCCUGAAGGCCGCCCCCAACUCUGCGUCCGCCCCCCGAGGCCCACCGAGGACCAUGACUAAGACAGAUCCCGCUCCAAUGGCCCCGCCGCCCAGGGGGGAGGAGGAAGAAGAAGAGGAAGAGGAUGAGCCCGUCCCCGAGGCCCCCAGCCCCACCCAAGAGCGCCGGCAGAAGCCUGUUGUGCACCCCUCGGCACCUGCCCCCCUCCCCAAGGACUACGCCUUCACCUUCUUCGACCCCAAUGACCCGGCCUGCCAGGAGAUUCUGUUUGACCCGCAGACCACCAUCCCUGAGCUGUUCGCCAUUGUGCGCCAGUGGGUGCCCCAAGUCCAGCACAAGAUCGAUGUCAUCGGCAAUGAGAUUCUGCGUCGAGGCUGCCAUGUGAAUGAUCGGGACGGGCUGACCGACAUGACGCUGCUCCAUUAUGCGUGCAAGGCUGGGGCCCACGGAGUCGGGGACCCGGCGGCGGCCGUGCGCCUCUCUCAGCAGCUGCUGGCCCUGGGCGCCGACGUGACCCUGCGCAGCCGCUGGACCAACAUGAACGCGCUUCACUACGCCGCCUACUUCGACGUGCCCGACCUGGUGCGCGUGCUGCUGAAGGGCGCGCGACCCCGAGUGGUGAACUCCACAUGCAGUGACUUCAACCACGGCUCAGCCCUGCACAUCGCUGCCUCCAACCUUUGCCUGGGAGCCGCCAAAUGUUUGCUGGAGCACGGCGCCAACCCGGCCCUGCGGAACCGAAAGGGACAGGUGCCGGCAGAGGUGGUUCCAGACCCCAUGGACAUGUCCCUGGACAAAGCAGAGGCAGCGCUGGUGGCCAAGGAGCUGCGAACGUUACUGGAGGAGGCUGUGCCACUCUCCUGUGCCCUCCCCAAGGUCACACUGCCCAACUAUGACAACGUCCCAGGCAAUCUCAUGCUUAGCGCACUGGGCCUGCGCCUGGGAGACCGCGUGCUGCUGGAUGGCCAGAAGACGGGCACGCUGCGGUUCUGCGGGACCACGGAGUUCGCCAGUGGCCAGUGGGUGGGCGUGGAGCUGGAUGAACCUGAGGGCAAGAAUGAUGGCAGUGUUGGGGGUGUCCGGUACUUCAUCUGCCCUCCCAAGCAGGGUCUCUUUGCCUCUGUGUCCAAGAUCUCCAAGGCAGUGGACGCACCCCCCUCGUCGGUCACCUCCACACCUCGGACUCCCCGGAUGGACUUCUCCCGUGUCACUGGCAAAGGCCGCAGGGAACACAAAGCCAAGAAGAAGCCCUCGUCAUCCCCGUCUCUGGGCAGCCUGCAGCAGCGCGAGGGGGCCAAGGCUGAGGUCGGAGACCAAGUCCUUGUCGCGGGCCAGAAGCAAGGCAUUGUGCGCUUCUACGGGAAGACAGACUUCGCCCCAGGUUACUGGUAUGGCAUCGAGCUAGACCAGCCCACGGGCAAGCAUGACGGCUCUGUCUUUGGCGUCCGGUACUUCACCUGCCCCCCAAGGCAUGGAGUCUUUGCGCCAGCAUCCCGAAUUCAGAGGAUUGGUGGAUCCACUGACCCCCCUGGGGACAACGUCGGAGCCAAAAAAGUGCAUCAAGUGACAAUGACGCAGCCCAAACGCACCUUCACGACAGUCCGGACCCCAAAGGACAUCGCAUCAGAGAACUCCAUCUCCAGGCUGCUCUUCUGCUGCUGGUUUCCCUGGAUGCUGAGGGCGGAGAUGCAGUCUUAGAGGCCCUGGACACCCAACAAAGAGACACAGAGCCCCCUCUAGCGUCUCCUGACACAAGGAGCCCCCCAAGUCACCCUGAGAUAGAGAUUCCCAGUAACACGUCCAGAAUAGAGAUCCCCAUUAGCCAGCCCUCAAUCACUGAGGCCCCAUUAUUAACAGAUUCCCUCAUAACCCCCCAACUACAGACCCCGUGUUACCCAGAAAGAGAUUCCCUGCGUGUAGCACCUUUGGGCUAGUCCCUGUCCCCAACCCCUCAGAGCAGAGCCCCCGAUUAACAGAUUUCCACUUCACCCCAAAUGAUGGUGACCUUCUCCAUAUAAUGCUUUACAGCAGAACAUUCCUGAGUCACUCAUCACUGGAUCAGAGCCCUCCCCCAUUAACAAAGACCACCCCCCAAUCAAGUCUCCUUGAAAUAAACACAGGUCACACCUCCA